AAUCUUUGACAAGGAAUCAGUCGUCAAUAGAGGAAGAGCCAGUUCAACCGGUGAAAAACUCAAACAGAAAACCAGUUUCCUACUAAAAAAUAUGAAGAAUGGCGCUAAAUCUUGCAGAGGGUCGAAAGAAAUAUCUUUCUGUUUUAGGAUUACAAAACGAUGCUUCCAACGAGGAUAUUAAAAAGAAAUACAAAAAACUAGCUUUACAGCAUCACCCAGACAAGAAUCCAGAUGAUCCUGGUGCUACUGAGACAUUUCAGAGACUUAGUCAAGCUUAUUUCCAGCUAACAAGAAAAUAUGCAGUGAACAGGAUAGUAGGAGGAUGCUGUCAAAGUUGUGGAUGUCAGUACUGCUAUGAAACUGACGACGAAGAAGAAGAUUUUACUGAUGAAGAUCUUGAAGAAGAUGAUGAAGAAAGCUAUGCUUCUUGGUUCUUCAGAAAGUUGUUUGUCGAUGUAUUCGGAGAUUUUGUUUUUCAAAGAAGAUUUCAGUCGAGGAAAAAACCCAAAUCUCAGAGGUUUACUCGGGAGGAGGAAGAAGAGGACAGUUUCUUUGAUUUUAUUUACAAAAAAUAUCGAGAUGAUGACGAAGAAGAUUUCAUCACAGAAGAAGAUCUGAAAAAAUUUCAUUCCUACGACGAUUGGUUGAAGGAUAGAGAUCCAAAGAAAAAGCCAAACCAAAGAACAAGGAAAGCCAGAAAAAAGCUUAAAAUGAAGUCAGAUAAGCCAAAGACGAUAAGUAAAAAACAGCAAUUAGCAGAACAGCACAGGAGGGAAAAGGAAAUGAAGGAAAUUUCUGAAGAAUUAAAAAACAAACUAAAGAAGAAUGAAGCUACAAAUCAAAAUUUGAAGAAUGCUGCUUCAAGUCAGAAAAAUAAUGGGAUUGAUGAUGCAGAAAUUAUGAAAGAAGUUGAAAUGCAGUUAAAAGAAAAUAGAAAAAAUGAACUACAGAGUUCAAAGAUCACGACAGAAUCUACCAACAAUAAGAAGAAAAAAAGGAAGGCAUUGAAAGAAAUUAAAAAGCAAAUUAAAGAAGAUGCUAUUAAAACUCUGAAGAGGGACAUUGAAAAAGAAAAGAGCCCUGUACCUACAGCAAGUACAAAGACAGAUUUGUUUGGAUCUCUGAACAAUGACCUUAACAUUAAACAAAUGGGUAAUCCUGCUGGAGAUAGGGAAACUAGAGAACAGGAUGUUAAAUCUAGUAUCCUACAGAGUGCCAUCUUUGGAACGACACCUCCUGUGAAUGUAAAUAAAUCUGACAAGAAAGCUGAGCUAUUACAGCGCCAUCUUAAACAGUAUAACGAGUUGAUGAAAGUCCAGCCUGUAAGACACACAGAGAAACAACUGACAGAGGAAAGAAUAAAAGAGAAGAACAAACAAUUACAGAAACAACAUAAAGAAUUAAUGGAAUUACGGAAUACUGACCAGAUCAAGGUAGACAAUUCUUUGUCAAAAAGGAUGGAUGAUUCUGUUGAGGUGGAAUUUGCAAGGAUGAAAAGAGAGCAUUUGAGAAAACAACAAGAGAUGGAAAGAAAGAGAAACGAAGAAGAAAUAAAAGAAAUUCAACAAAAGAAGACAAAACCACUGAAAUCUUCACAACCUCAGCCUACAAUGAAAUGGUAUGAGAAACCAACACAGCCAGUUAAAGUAUUGAAGAUUGCCAGUUCACCACCACCAGCACCUACGACUAAUGUUUGGGCUGAGAGAUUCAGACAACAAGAGGCCACUAGGUUACCCAUACCAUCAUCUAAUGAGGAGGAAGAGGAAAUGUUACGGAAAGUCUUAGAAAUGAGUCAAAUGACAGCUAGACAGGACGAAGAAAGGAGAAAAUAUCGUCAACAGAUGGCAAGCAAAGAAUUCAUACCAGAUCAGCUUAAAAGACAGAUAGAGGAAAGUAAACAAGAAAGAACACAUAAGCCUGAAAAUGUUUUACCUUUAAAACCACCAAGCAACAAAUGGACAUCAGUUGUUACCUCAAAUUUAUCAAGUGAAGUUGUUAAACAGGAUGUCAGAUAUACAGAUCCACCUGAAAGGGUGAAUAAAAUAUUGGAAACUAACUACAACAACUUGCAACCAAAUCUGAAAAUUAAAAUACCAACAGAAAAGCCAGUACACUAUGAUGAGGAUUGGACAGAAGAGAUUCAGGAGCUGGAUAUAUCACCUAAAAUACCGAAUACUAUUGAAAAAUAUGUUAAAUGGAGUAAAAAUGCUAAAGAGCAAACCAAAAAAAGUACAGAUGAAGGCAUUUCAAGGAAAUCAUGCAGUCUGAAACCAAGGUCACCUAUUAUUUCACCUUCAAAUGGAUCAGGAGAUAAAUGCAUUCAGCAAACACUUUCACAUAGAUUAUCCACAGUAGGUGUGAAUACAACUGAGAAAGAUCAGACAUCAAAUGCAUGGACAAAAAACACAUCUAAUGAAGUACACCAAAAGGGAGAUGAAGAUUGGGAUUUAGUAACUGAUGACAAAUGGGGCAUAGGGUCAAGUUCUGUCGGUCAUAAAGGUGACUAUGAUGCCAAUGUUCCUGACAAAAAUCAGUCCUUUUAUGAUAGAACAGAUGCAGUCCCUAGACAACAAAGAUACAAACAGAAACCUAUGAAAACAGUAAGUAAACCAGAAUACAUGGAACAGCAAAGGACAAAAUUAGAUCUAAAUGAAAAUUGGGUGUCAGGUUUUGUGGAUGAUAUUAAACAAGCUUCACCAGAAAACUGGAGCUGUGGCUCUACCAGACCAGGAAAUAAGACAGAAAUCUGUACAAAUAACAGGAACCAGACUUGGGAAACACAAUGGAACAGAGAGUCCAUUAUGGAUGGCAAACAGGUCUCUUCCAGAUCUGAAAACCGCAGUGGGUUAAUAAAUAAUGGCAACAGUGCAUCUGAGGAACACUGGAGCAUAGGAUCUGUUAAUAAUAAAUCAGUUCCAUCAGUUUUAUCAGAAAAUAGUAGUAUUAGAAUAGCAGAUGAUAUUCCAAGAAUUCCACAAAAUCAUAUGAAUAUUGGAGCUACAACUAAUAUUCAAAAUUCAACACAAUUUGCCAAUACAAAGCCACAUGUCUUUUGCUCUGACACAUCAUCAGAGAAAUCAGAAGUUAAAACUCAGCAAUUGUCAAUGAGUAAACACUCAGAUAUUCAAAAGACAAAUCCAAUUGUUCAGAAUUCACUUGAAAAACAACAAACUUGCAUUGAAAAUUGGGAUGGUAAAGUCAUUAAUAAAAAUGUUCAUUUAUCUUUGCAAGAAAAAAAGAAUAUUGAGAUAUCCUGUUCAUUUGAGAAACAAGAACCUGUAAGCUUUCCAAGCUGUGACGUUAAGACUGUGAUCAAACAAAGAAACAUUAUGUCUGAUUGUACUGGAAAGACAAUCAAACAGGGAACCAGUGGAGAGAGUUGGGAAGAAGAUCUCUCUGCUGUUGUAACACCAUCUAAUACCAAACCAAUGAUGCAAAAUGUUGAAUUGAAAAAUGAACAGGUACUAAGUGAUCAACCUAAAACGACAAUUCCAGGACAAAAUGUAAAUGAAAAUUUUGACCACAGGCUACCUGUUCUUAAAAACUUGUCAACAAGCUCGGAAGAAGAUGUUGAGUUACCUUCUUGUCGGUUACCUCGCUUACCUCACAUUCCACACAGACAGAAUUCAAAGAUUUGUCCUCCCAUUCCCAGCAGUGUCAAACAUGCAAACCAUCCUCUGAAACAUGAAGAACCAACAAUAAAACAACCUUCAUCUACGAGUAAAGAAUUGCCAACUACUUCUCAACAGGAUUUAUCAGGUCUUAUGGCAGGUUUAAACAUGUCGUCUGCCUCAAUGAAUCUUCCUUUAGGACUUCCUCCACAUCUUGCUCAUGCCUAUUUGCAGUUUUUAUCUAGUGGCAAUACCAAUGCCACUGGAAUGAUGCCAUUAGCCAAUAUGCCACUUUUACCAGGCUUAUUACCAAUGUUACAAAAUCCUCUCAUGUCUGCUUCACCAAUACUAGCAUAUUCUCUACAACAACAGCAGAUGGCGGCCAUGAAUAUUGCUAUGGCAACAGGGGGAAUGAUGGGAAUGAAUGUUCCUCAAGUUGACCCAACAACACUUCUAAGGCAAAGUAUACCAAAUGGGGAUGGUCAGAGUAAUAGGAGUUGUGAAAAAGAAACAAUUAAGCAAUACCAACCUCCUUUGCCAAAUUCAGAAGUUGAAGCACCUGUCUCAGUAGAUGUUAAAAAUGGUGACACGAACAUCAAUGUUACUAAUAUAAAGUGCAAAAAUUCAAUCAUUCCUACUGCAGCAGUACAUAGUAAUCAAAACCGUCCCUUAAUUCAUGAUCCUGUAAAAUAUAUCCCACAGCCUAUAGAACCUCAAAAAAGCAUAAUUGGAACAGGAAGUAACCAGUCUGAGAUUCCAAAUUAUAUCCCACAGCCUGUAGAACCUCACAGGGGCAUGAUGGGAACAAGAAGUAGACCAUCAGAGAUUCCAAAAUAUAUCACACAGCCUGUAGAACCUCAGAGGACCGUUAGGGGAACAGGAAGUAACCAGUCUGAGAUUCCAAAAUAUAUUCCACAGCCUGUAGAACCUUGCAAGAGCAUGAUGGGUACAGGAAGGAGCCAGGCUGAGAUUCCAAAAUAUAUACCACAGCCUGUAGAACAUCAGAGAAGCAUGAGGGGAACAGAAAGUAACCAGGCUGAGAUUCCAAACUAUAUACCACAGCCUGUAGAACCUCGCAAGAGCAUGAUUGGUACAGGAGGAAGCCAGGCUGAGAUUCCAUACUAUAUACCACAGCCUGUAGAACCUCGCAAGAGCAUGAUGCGUACAGGAAGUAGCCAGGCUGAGAUUCCAAAAUACAUCCCUCAGCCUGUAGAAUCUCGCAAGAGCACUGAGAUUCCAUCCUAUAGCAAAACUCCCUAUGACCUCCAAAGGAAGAAAGACCAGGUACAAGCUGUACAAGACAUGCUAAGUGGAUUGAGGAAACAACCAAGUUCUCUGCUGGAAAAUUCUGAUUUGGAUCCUAGACCCUUUUAAACAGACUUGUUAUGGAUGUGGAAUUCCAUGGGUAAUGAUUUAAACGUUGUGACGAACUUGUAAAGAAAUGGUGCUAUAGUUAAAAGGUGCAGAUCACUGAAUGUGCUCUUUUGUGUUUGUGUCAAGAAAACGUGCUAUAGGUCAAUGGUACAAUGUUACUGAAUGCUUUUUUUAGGUGUAAAUAUAUUGUGCACAAUUUUAAAGGUAAAAGGUUGAUAACAAGGAUUUUACUUGCUUUAUGGUGAAGUUUGUUUAUAACUGUAUAUCAAGACAAUUCAAAAAUGAGAAAAAUAGAUUUGAAUAUUAAUAAUAUGUAUCAUUGUACUGUUCUUAUCAUGACUUAUUCUCAUUAACAUUUUCACAUGGAAUCUAAAAUAUAGGGCAUAUGAAAAAAUACUCAGAUAUAAGAAACAGGUGUGAUGUUUUGAAUAUUCCUCAUAAACUCAGGAAUGUCACGCUUGUGGCAAAUGCCUCAUGUUGGUUGAUUGCCGUUUUAAAUCUGCUUAAAUUCUGGAGAAACAAAUGGAGGGAUGCAUUUUUUAUAAUUUUUAUGUUAGCAUCAUUUUGGUUCACUCAUAUAUCUAGCCUUUAUGUGAUAGAUUUGAAGCAAUACUCAAAGUAAAAUUUAUAGUUUGAUGUAGGUAAGACUAAUUCAAGGUCAACA